GUAUAAACAAGAAUAUUGAAACAGUUUCAACAGCAUUGAACGUGAAAUGACAGCAGCGCAAUGACCCAUUGACAUUCUUCCUGUGACGUCUACAAUGACACGUGUAUUCAAGAUGGCGGCGGCGAUGCCGAUGGCGAUUUGGGCACUACUACUGGUGUCCUUGCUGCCUUCAGCAACACCCUUUUAUGUACCAGGUGUUGCACCCAUGAAUUUCCAUCAGAACAGCCCUGUUGAAAUAAAGGCUGUGAAAUUGACAAGCUCCAGAACCCAGCUGCCCUAUGAAUACUAUUCACUUCCCUUCUGUAAGCCUGACAACAUCAUCUACAAAGCAGAAAAUCUUGGUGAGGUUUUGCGAGGAGACCGUAUCGUCAACACGCUCUACACGGUUCUUAUGAACAUGGACAAGAAGUGUGAGGUGUUGUGUAAAAAGCCAGAAGAUCCUGUCAAACUCAGCAAAGAUGAGAGCAAGCUGCUGGCUGAGCGCAUCCAGGAAGAAUACUACGUUCAUCUCAUUGCAGAUAAUCUCCCUGUGGCUACUCGGCUGGAGCUUUACCCAAGCAAAGAGGAAGGAAUGGAUGAGGAACAGAAGAAGGACUCGACGAGAGACAUUCAGUUCGAGCACGGCUACAGAAUAGGCUUCACUGAAAACAACAAGUUCUAUUUACACAACCAUCUGUCAUUCAUCCUGUACUACCACAAAGAAAAAGUGGAGGAGGGUGAAGCACACAAUUACCGGGUUGUACGUUUUGAAGUGAUGCCAAAAAGUGUAAAAUUAGACGACAUAAAAGCAGAUGGAAGCGGUACAUGCACCUUACCAGAAACCGUCGCCCCUGUCCCUCAGGAGAUCGACCCAACUAAAGAAAACAGCAUCCUUUUCACAUACUCUGUACGCUGGGAGGAAAGUGAGAUAAAAUGGGCGUCUCGCUGGGACACAUAUCUUACCAUGAGCGACGUGCAGAUCCAUUGGUUCUCCAUCGUCAACUCUGUAGUUGUGGUGUUCUUUCUGUCAGGUAUCUUAAGUAUGAUCAUCAUCAGAACUCUGAGGAAGGACAUUGCCAACUACAACAGAGAAGAUGACAUCGAGGACACAAUGGAAGAAUCUGGUUGGAAGAACGUCCACGGUGAUGUGUUCCGCCCACCUCAGUAUCCCAUGAUUCUUAGCUCUCUGCUGGGCUCUGGUAUCCAGCUGUUCUGUAUGAUUCUCAUUGUGAUCUUUGUGGCUAUGCUGGGUAUGUUGUCUCCAUCCAGUCGAGGAGCUCUGAUGACGACAGCCUGCUUUCUUUUCAUGUUCAUGGGUUUGUUUGGAGGAUACUUCGCUGGUCGACUCUACCGCACUCUUAAAGGCCACAAAUGGAGGAAAGGAGCUUUUUGUACUACGACACUGUACCCGGCUGUUGUUUUUGGCAUCUGUUUUGUGUUGAACUGUUUUAUCUGGGGAGAACAUUCGUCUGGUGCUGUUCCUUUCACUACAAUGCUGGCUCUGUUGUGCAUGUGGUUUGGUAUUUCUAUGCCACUCGUGUACCUGGGAUACUAUUUUGGUUUCCGGAAACAGCCUUAUGACAAUCCGGUUCGUACCAAUCAGAUCCCCCGGCAGGUCCCUGAGCAGCGCUGGUACAUGAACAAGUUUGUCGGUAUCCUAAUGGCUGGAAUUCUGCCGUUUGGCGCCAUGUUCAUCGAGCUCUUUUUCAUCUUUAGUGCUAUUUGGGAAAACCAGUUUUACUACCUGUUUGGCUUCCUCUUCCUCGUCUUCAUCAUUCUUGUGGUUUCCUGUUCUCAGAUCAGCAUUGUCAUGGUGUAUUUCCAGCUAUGUGCAGAGGACUAUCGGUGGUGGUGGAGGACGUUUCUGGUAUCUGGAGGCUCUGCCUUUUAUGUGCUAAUCUAUGCUGUUUUCUAUUUUGUCAACAAGCUGGACAUUGUGGAGUUUAUUCCUUCUCUGCUGUAUUUCGGCUAUAUCACCCUGAUGGUUUUGUCUUUCUGGCUGCUAACUGGGACGAUCGGUUUUUACGCUGCAUACGUGUUCAUACGGAAAAUUUACGCUGCGGUCAAAAUCGACUGAAAUAUCUCCCUUUGGUUUUUGUUUACGCUUUAUUUUUUGGUUUUGUGAAGCAAGCACUGAUGUGUGUGUUUAUGGCUGACGUGUAAGGUGCAGCAGCGCCUCCCUGUGGAUAAGAGGAACGAACAGAGAUCCUGGGAAACAUCACGAACAGUUCAACUUUUAAUGCCUGUAUAUCUUUUUGCGCGCACACACACAACAUGGGCCAAAGUGUGUCUAUUGACUUUUUCCUUGUUUUUGGGUGGGGAUGUUGGACUUUUUGGGCUUUUGAAGAGAUUAUGGGUUAGUUGCAUAUAAUAUCAUUUUACGAAUAACUAUGUCCUCUUUUAAUAUAACGUUUAAUUUGAAUCUGUUGUCUUGGAUUUGAUUGCCUCUGUUGUCUUGAGAGAGUGUGUGUGUGUAAAAGUGUAUGCGUGUGACAAGCCUGCUGGAAGUGUGGUCAUUCUGUGACGUAUUACUUGUUGGCAUGGAUUGAAAUAAUCAGAUGUAAAACAUGACAAAGCGAGUGCAUUAAAAACAAGUACACUUUCAUGUUUCCUUAAGUUUGCAUGGUCCACACUUGGUGACUGUUAUAAUGAUGCAGUUUCAUUUUAUCUUGCCAUUUACCUUUUCAAACAUUAAAUUGGUUACUUGAUUUUAACACAUGCAAGUCAAUAAUUCAGUUUACAUCUUCAUUUCACAAACGUUUACAGGCUUUUCACCACUUCACAAAUACAGACUGCAGAUUAGUGAACUCACUCAAGGGUUAAAUUAAAGGCUGUCAGUUUUUUUGCAUUGGAUAUCAGGUAGCAGUGUAUUUGUCAGGAAUUGAAGUCGGUGUUAAGGAAAUAUGCAUUGACUAACAUCAAUGACAAAUACAUCAGCGCUCAAAUUGCAGAUUUUCAAAUAGAUUCAGUUUUGUGUGAGGUACAUAGACUAAAAUGUUACAUUUGUAUGGUUUUUAUUUAUCUCUACCAGGCACAUGUCAAGCACACAUUUGGCAUUGUUUGUAAUAUACAAAUAAACCAAUAUCUCAUACCUCAACGUUUCCUCCUCAUAGGCAUUGGCCAGCAGUACAAACCACCAUCCCUUUGAAUGUUUUUAACAUUGAUUCUUUACAGGUGACUGAAUAAAUGCAAGGACUACAGAAUAUAUUUUCUACAGAUACUUUAUCUUACUUGUUUGGGGUUUGUUAGACUAAAUUGUGUAUUUGUUUAUGGUGUAAAUACACUGCUUUGUAUCGUUUCGUUUUAGGUUAUCAUCAAGUCCCGAUUAUGUCUUUAUUUUUAGGCAAAAGCAUGUUUUUCUUUUUCUAUUUUCCCUUCUACAAGAAUGUCCAUUUCUAAUGUAUAAAACAAUAAAAGUGCCAAUAUGUCAAAAUUUGACACGAAA